AUGAGUGACAUUGAGAAGACCCAGGAAUCGGUGGUGGUGGAAUCUCUCACUACCUAUGAAUCUUUCAAAGGCGAUUACUUCCCUAAAGAUUUUGAUCUUUUGGCGGAACCAAUUGUUUUCAAGGAUUCUUUGUUCAGUUUCGAAAACGUCAAAGACAUUUUCAAGAAGAGGGACCCCAACUACUACGACCAGAUAGCUACAAGAAGAUCGGUUUUCGAGAACCCAGAUCCAGCGAUUCAGAGAAAAUACUUUCCAACCUCCAAAUGGGAAAACUUUGCUUCGUUUGAUCCAUACUUUAGAUGGACAAAGAGAGAGGAUAGACAGAUCACCAGGAAGAUGGACUUUAAGAUUUUGACAAUAGUGUGUUUUUUGUUCUUUUCUUUAAACAUGGAUAGAGGAAACUUUGGAUCGGCGAUCGCUGGUGGUAUUCUCAAGGACUUGAAGUUGUCCACCAACGACUUCAAUUUGGGAAGCAAUUUAAGAUCCAUUGGCUUCAUAAUAACUGAAAUACCUUCUCAAAUGAUAGGCAAAAAGUUUGGGCCUGACUGGUGGAUGCCGCUACAAGUUGUAUUGUGGUCUUUUGGUCACUUUGUUCCAAUUCUUUCUUGCCGGUAG